UAGUCUUACUGGUCAAUGUCGUACCGUUAAUGUUACACACAGCUAAUAACGCUAGCAUACGUUUCUAAGCUACCGAGGCUAACUAAGCUACCGAGCUACCAGUCAUUGCUCGAAACGAUAGGGUUUUUUUUUUUUUUUUAGCGAAUAUACGUUUUCCCCUCGUUAUAUUGUCAAAAAAUAUUAGCGGUGCCAAUUCUUUUACACGACACAAUGCAUUUUCAGUCUUACUGGGCUAUUUUCGAUCGAUGUCCAUUUUUGUUUUCAUCGUCCUUCUCAACCCUCAAUUCAUUGCUCAGUAUGCUGCGUUCAGGUCUCUCUGUGGAAGUGAACGCUGCCUGGAAAUGUCGUUUUCGUUGGUUUUUUUUAUCGUCAACAGCAACAAGUAGUAGGACAUUUGCCUUAUUCACUGCCUCCGAUCUGCGGUGUAGUGUUAAAACAAGCUGUACAGUCCAAUUCAGAGCCAAACUUCACCAUUCCCAGACAUCCCCAAGUGGUAUGGGAUCACUGGUCCUAUCAGCCAGGAUCUGCCCGAAGAGGCUGACUUGAUCCAGACCAGAAAAGUGAUUGACACUCUGGAGUCAUAUGGUGUAUUUGAGGACAACUUGGAGCUGAAUCACAGAGAGAAGGUUGUCAAACGACUGGAGACACUUUAUAAGGAGUGGCUCAAAGAAAUGUCUAAAAGAAUGAACUUACCUGAAACGAUGACAGAAAACGUCGGCGGUAAGAUCUUCCCAUUUGGCUCCUAUCGUCUGGGAGUUCACUCAAAAGGUGCUGAAAUUGAUGCCCUCUGUGUCGGACCCAGAUUUCUUGAGAGAAAAGACUUCUUCACAUCCUUCUUUGAGAAGCUGAAGGCUCAUGUGGAGGUCAAAGACAUACAGGCCAUUGAAGAGGCGUUUGUCCCUGUCAUCAAACUGUCCUUUUAUGGGAUUGAGAUUGACUUAGUCUUUGCCCGGUUGGAGCUGAAGAGCAUUCCUGAGAAUCUGGACCUUCUUAAUGACAUCUUGUUGAAGGACAUAGAUAAACGCUGCAUCAGGAGUCUCAAUGGCUACAGAGUUACAGAGGAGAUCCUCAGUCUUGUGCCAAAUAUUUUUAAUUUCAGGCUCGCUUUGAGAGCCAUCAAGCUGUGGGCCAAACGCCGUAAUAUUUACUCCAGCAUUCUGGGCUUCUUGGGCGGUGUAUCGUGGGCCAUACUGGUAGCCAGAGUUUGUCAGGCGUACCCAAAUGCCACAGUGUCCACGCUGGUGAACAAAUUCUUCAAGGUCUUCUCAAUGUGGGCAUGGCCAGUCCCAAUUCUCUUGAAGAGAGUAGAGGACCGCUACUUCAACCUUCCUAUUUGGGAUCCCACGGUUAAUCAAAGAGACCGCUGCCACCUAAUGGCCAUUAUCACCCCAGCAUACCCACAGCAGAACACCACAUUCAACAUGUCUACCUCCACCUUAGCCAUCAUAACGGAAGAGAUCCAACAGGGCCAUGUCAUCACUGAAGAAAUACAGCAGAAAAAAGCAGACUGGUCCAAACUAUUUGAAACACCAGACUUUUUUGGAAAGUACAAGUAUUAUGUUCUGCUGCAAGCAACUUCAGCUACAGAGGAGCAGCAUAAUAAAUGGGUUAGCCUGGUGGAGUCUAAAAUCAGAUUUCUGGUUGGAACUCUGGAGAGAAAUGUGCACAUUUCUCUGGCCCAUGCUAAUCUGCAGUCCUUCCCUGGAUCCAGGAAGGUCAAUGACAAAGGGGGAAUGAGCACAAUGUGGCUGAUUGGGCUUAAUAUGGAGGAGUCUAAAAACAUGAAAAUAAACCUGACCUCCGACCUCCUAUCCUUCACUAACACUAUCUACAGCCAGGCAGCGAGCUCUGAGAUGUAUGAAAAGGAGAUGACCAUAUCAGCCACACAUGUGAAGAGGGAAAACCUUAGCUGGCGCAUGCCUAAUGGCGAAUGCAAAAGGGUUUUCAGUCCAAAACCAGAGGCCACACUGAGCCGCCAAAUGUCUGCCACAUUACCACCUGGCCAAUCCGCCACAAAGAGAAAAGACUGGCCUCACUCUGAGAUGCCAGCCAGAAAGAUCAAAGCUGACAAGAAAUCAAUGUCUGUUGAAGCGUCCGUGCCCAGCAAACCUGCUUUACCCUCCAUGACUCCACAGGCCAAAAAGAGACCAUGUUCUCCCCACUCAGAUAGUUCACCUCAGAAGUUCAAAGCUUAUGAGGAACUAACUCCAGGCACACAAGCCACCUGCUCCUCUACAGGUGCACCACUCAAGUCCGCCCACUGUCGAACUGUCCGACUUGCCUCCCGGCCCCACCAAGCCGACUGCCGUUGUGAAACACGCCAUCAAAUUUCAACUUAUCAGCAGGCACAAGUGAUCCAGUGCCACGGAUUGGUUGACGAGCCUGAAGAUUACAUCCUCACUUUCCCACUCCUGACCAAGUGGACAAAACUUCAACCUCCAUCACCAGCCAUUGCUUUGUUAAUUUUUCUUCUGCUUGCUUAUGGAGCACGAGAAUGGGGGGGUUACAUGCUCCUUCAUGAAUUUGUAAGUCUAACAACCCUGAUCCUUCGUGCGUCUUUUACAGCAGGCGAAGUUGAGCAUCACUGAUUGGUUGACGUGCCUGAAGAUAACAUUGUCACUUUCUCGCUCCUGACCAAGAGGGAAAAUGUCAUCCUCAAUCACCAAAUAUUGUUUUGUGUUGUUAUUUGUUCCCUUGGUGUGUGUGUGUGUGUGUGUGUUUGUAUUGUACUGGUUGAUUGAUUUAACUUCUUUAUUGAUUGCUAAUAUGAAAAUUGCCGCUUGUUGGCGCCCCAACUACAAUCAAAAGGAUAUAAACACAAUAAAGCCAAACAUCUUA